CGUAGCUCUUUUAGCAUAUCCCCUGAGAAUGCUGUCGAAAUCGAAUCCACUUACAAACCUUCCGCUGGAACAAUUGGAAGAGCACUCAUCAAAGCUAUUGAUUUUUUCAAAGAACGCAUUCUUCGAGCUUCCAAUCGAGUAAGAGAUCCGAAUAUGUGGAAAUACGACUGGCAGCGAGCAAUUAUGGGGCAAGAUUGGAGACCUCUUACGAAGAUGCACGAGAAAGGAUUUAGAACGGAAAAGAUUGUUGACAAAAGGGGAAAAUUGAAGAAUUUUGGAUGGGCAAGCUUGGCUCUCUUGUCCUCCUGUAUUGAUGCUUGUACACUAGUGUCUACGCAAUCGAACUUUAGAACCAUAAGAAAAAGUCUGGACAUGUUGAAAUCACUUCUAGGUUAUAUUAGGUUGUAACA